CAGGUAUAGCAAGUCGAGCAAAUUAUUUAGAAAAUGUGAAAUUAUAUGUAUGGCAGAUUUAAAAAAGUGCUAUUAAUUCACAGCUGUGUAUGGACGAUGUGACGUCAUUGAAGGAAGGAUUUAAUGUGGUGAAACACAGAGAUAUUAAACAAAACAAAAACAAACCGAAUUAAUUGAAAAUAGCUUGCAGUAAAUAGAAAAAAGUUACAAACACAAUUUUUUACAGUAAAAUAAGUGCAUAGAAAUAAAAAAGUUAAAUACAAGUAAUUGUUUAUAAAAUAAUCAAAUCAAAGCCAGGCGUAUCACGCACACCACUGCCUCCCCAAUAAAAAAAAAUAAAAUUAAAAUAAUAAUUGCGUGAAAAUUAAAAAAAAAAAUGUAUCUCCAAUAUCUCUACAUACUGCAAUGUAUGCAGGUGUGAGUGUGUGUGCGUGUGUUUAUGUUUGCAAAUCGCCAAAAUCGUCGCAAUUCUCAUCUGUAAAAUUAAACCUCAACUCAUCAUAAUCAACCAACAACACCUGUAAAUAUUCAACAACAAACAAGCGUAGCCCAAUUGUGGCCGACUAUAUACUACCUAAAAAGCAAAAACAUAUACAAAUAAAUAUCGCCAAGUUUGGCGUGUAUACCGAAAAAUUUAAUUGCAAUUGAAGUUUACUAAUGAAUGCAAAAAUAUAUAACAACUUUCAGCCGCAUUAAAUUAUAAGAAGAGCAACAUUGCAAAUAUGUGUAAAUAAAAAUUUUCUAAUUAAUCUGUGAUUUCUGUGAUUUAUUUUCUCUCGCAUUGAAUUUGCAAAAAACCAGAAAAUUUGUGAUUUUGCAACUUAUGCUAAAUACAAAGAUCAAACAAAUCAGCGGGUGAAAGUCAAAAGUCAAAGUAAGCUUCAACUUGGGUUACCGCUCACAGUGGUGACAUAUAGUGGCAUUGAAUUAUAUUAAUCUAGUGAAAUAGUAAAUUAAUCAAAAGUAAAAAACUAAACUAACCUGAUAUAAAUACUAAUAAUAAUACAACAUAAUAAAUGCUUAAGCAAUAAGUUACUGUAAAUAAAUGCAACAAGGUAGAAACUCCGUAUACUCAUCGAACCAAAGGAUUCAUCUUAACUUAAUAAUAACCAAUGCAACGGCGAUUAGAAACCACACUUAAGCAAAAAAUAAGCAUUAACGCACGGGAAAUAUAACUGCUAGUCAACAACAGCAACAAAUUAACUGAAGCUAAUUAGUGUAAAUCGUCCAUUACGUAGCUUGUGUAUAUAACAACUGCACACGCCUACCGCCUACUACGUAUAUAAGCAUUUACAUCGCUGACUGCUGCGUCAAAACUGCAGUACAUACAUACAAACGUAAACAUUUACGCGCUUGGCGGCGUUUAGUUAAAUUUGUCAUUUUUGUAUAGCUUGAGAUUCGCCACUAACCAAAAAAAAAAAAAAAAAAAACACACAAAUAAACUUGUUUAUUGCUUCGUGAAUUUUGCAAAAUAGAGUUUCCCUCGCCGUAAACGUCUGCUUCGAAUUUUCUGUUCGUUUCACUUCGUAUUUAUCUUCUUCUUCGAUCAACGCGUUAAACUGUUCGUGUCAUCAGUGUUAAAUGUCAAAUAGUCGAUUGCUUGCCACGUAAAUGACGUGUCAAUCCGGAGAAAUGAGUGUAGUCGUGCAUCUGGUGUAGCACAACUAUGGCCAAGCGGUCUUCUAUAAACCAUCAGAAUUUGGAUACAUUGACGGUUGGCAGCGGCUCAGGAAGCGGCGCUAGCAGGGCAUCAACAGGGCUCCACAAGCGGGGGGCACUCGGGUCGAAGGGGAGCCCAUCGCUUAGCUGAUAGAAUGGGUGGCCCAAAGAAAGACGACACACCACCCGGUGGUGGUCCAACAUCAUUAUUUAUCCUCACCGAGGAUAAUCCAAUUAGAAAAUACACACGAUUCAUCAUUGAAUGGCCGCCCUUCGAGUAUGCUGUGUUAUUGACAAUCAUUGCCAACUGUGUUGUGUUGGCCUUAGAAGAACAUUUGCCUGGGAGUGAUAAAACAGUAUUGGCUCUGAAACUGGAAAAAACGGAGACCUAUUUUUUAUGCAUUUUCUGUGUAGAAGCAUCGCUCAAGAUCCUUGCCCUAGGGCUUGUUCUGCAUAAACACUCCUACCUCAGGAAUAUUUGGAACAUCAUGGAUUUUAUCGUCGUAGUAACGGGCGCUAUGACGAUCUUCGCCGAGGCCAAUAUAGAUGUCGAUCUGCGUAUGUUGCGGUCGUUUCGGGUACUCCGGCCACUCAAACUCGUUUCAAGAAUUCCAAGUCUACAAGUAGUUUUAAAAUCCAUUAUAAAGGCUAUGGCGCCGUUGCUUCAAAUUGGACUUUUAGUCUUGUUUGCGAUCGUUAUAUUUGCAAUCAUCGGACUCGAGUUCUAUUCGGGUGCCCUGCAUAAAACUUGUUAUAGUUUGGAAGAUCUGAGAAGGUCCGUUAAGGAAGGCGAAUCAGAGACACCCUGCUACUCGGAUAAUUCAUCGAUGAGAGCGACUGGUUCAUUCACAUGUGAUUAUAACACGAGUAUGUGUCUGGAUAAAUGGGAAGGGCCAAAUUGGGGCAUUACUAGUUUUGAUAAUAUCGGCUUUGCCAUGUUGACUGUGUUCCAAUGUAUCACAAUGGAGGGCUGGACAGCAAUACUGUAUUGGACCAACGACGCUUUAGGUUCAGCAUUUAAUUGGAUAUAUUUCGUGCCUCUUAUAGUUAUAGGCUCAUUUUUUAUGCUCAACUUAGUUCUCGGUGUCCUUAGCGGUGAAUUCGCAAAAGAACGUGAAAAAGUAGAAAAUAGACAAGAGUUUCUUAAACUUAGAAGACAACAUCAGCUAGAAAGAGAAUUGAACGGCUAUGUUGAAUGGAUUUGUAAAGCUGAGGAAGUGAUCUUAGCCGAAGAGCGUACAACUGAGGCGGAAAAAAUGCACAUAAUGGAGGCACGGAGAAGAAAUGCGGCGAAGCGUAAAAAACUGAAAAGCUUAGGCAAAUCGAAGUCAACAGACACAGAGGAGGAGGACGGUGAAGAAGACUACGGGGACGAUGAGGGUGGUGAAAAGGGCGAUGAAGGAUAUCUAAAAUCACGCCCUAAACCUCAAGGCAGCUGUACGGGCUUUUGGCGGGCUGAAAAGCGCUUCCGCUUCUGGAUACGACACACUGUGAAAACACAAUGGUUCUAUUGGUUUGUCAUCGUACUCGUAUUCCUGAACACUAUGUGCGUCGCAGUAGAGCACUAUGAUCAACCACAAUUUUUAACAGAUUUUUUAUAUUAUGCUGAAUAUGUCUUUUUGGGUCUAUUCAUGUCGGAGAUGUUCAUCAAGAUGUAUGCGCUUGGACCGCGCACCUAUUUCGAAUCGUCGUUUAAUCGAUUCGAUUGUGUCGUCAUUAGUGGUUCGAUAUUCGAAGUUAUAUGGUCCGAAGUGAAAAGCGGUUCAUUCGGUUUAUCCGUAUUGCGAGCGCUACGUUUACUUCGUAUCUUCAAAGUGACCAAAUAUUGGUCAUCCUUGCGAAAUCUUGUGAUUUCGUUGUUGAACUCGAUGAGAUCCAUCAUUUCACUGUUGUUCCUGCUCUUCUUAUUCAUUCUAAUAUUUGCACUACUUGGCAUGCAAUUGUUUGGCGGGCAAUUUAGUUUUAAAAGCGGUACCCCCGAAACAAAUUUCAACACAUUCCCCAUAGCCUUACUUACAGUCUUUCAAAUUCUAACCGGUGAAGAUUGGAAUGAAGUCAUGUAUCAGGGAAUUAAAUCACAAGGUGGCUAUAAGAAAGGAAUGAUUUAUUCUGUAUACUUUAUCGUUUUGGUACUCUUCGGUAAUUAUACACUGUUAAACGUAUUCUUGGCUAUCGCUGUCGAUAAUUUAGCGAAUGCCCAAGAAUUGACAGCUGCCGAAGAGGAGCAAGUCGAGGAAGAUAAGGAGAAGCAAUUGCAGGAGCUUGAAAAGGAGAUGGAGGCGCUGCAAGCAGACGGCGUUCACGUAGAGAACGGUGACGGCGCAUCCAUACCGAAUAAGGCAAAGAGUAAAAAGAAAGAAGAGGAAAAGAAGGAGGAAGAAGAAGUGACGGAGGGUCCAAAACCAAUGUUGCCAUACUCAUCUAUGUUUAUACUAUCACCAACGAACCCUAUACGCCGCGGCGCACAUUGGGUUGUUAAUUUGCGAUAUUUUGAUUUUUUCAUAAUGAUCGUCAUCUCAUUGUCAUCGAUAGCGUUAGCAGCCGAAGAUCCUGUUCGUGAGCAUUCGUCACGAAACGAAAUCUUAAAUUAUUUCGAUUAUGCAUUUACCGGCGUAUUCACAAUAGAAAUGUUACUAAAAAUUGUAGAUUUAGGCGUUAUAUUACAUCCAGGCAGCUAUUUAAGAGAAUUCUGGAAUAUUAUGGAUGCUGUGGUCGUUGUAUGCGCUGCUGUUAGUUUCGGUUUCGAUAUGAGCGGUAGCAGCGCUGGACAAAAUUUAUCAACCAUCAAAUCGUUGCGCGUACUGCGCGUCCUGCGACCAUUGAAAACCAUCAAGCGUGUACCAAAAUUGAAAGCCGUCUUCGACUGCGUAGUGAAUUCAUUGAAAAAUGUUGUUAACAUUCUAAUCGUGUACAUAUUAUUUCAAUUUAUAUUUUCCGUAAUUGGUGUACAAUUGUUCAAUGGGAAAUUUUUUUAUUGUACGGACGAAAGUAAACAUUCUUCCGAAGAGUGCCAGGGUUACUAUUUUAAAUAUGAGGAGGACGAGUUACUUCCAAAGCAGGAGGAGCGCAUUUGGCGGCCGCGUAGUUUUCACUAUGACAACGUGGCGGCGGCAAUGCUGACGCUUUUCGCGGUACAGACCGGCGAAGGAUGGCCACAAGUUCUACAACACUCAAUGGCUGCCACGUAUGAAGAUAGGGGUCCCAUACAAAAUUUCCGGAUCGAAAUGUCCAUAUUUUAUAUUGUGUAUUUCAUUGUAUUUCCAUUCUUCUUCGUGAAUAUAUUCGUGGCCUUGAUUAUCAUAACAUUUCAAGAGCAAGGCGAGGCUGAGUUGCAAGAUGGUGAAAUUGAUAAAAAUCAGAAAUCCUGCAUAGAUUUCACGAUAGGUGCGCGCCCGCUCGAACGGUAUAUGCCCAAAAAUCGAAACACGUUCAAGUACAAAGUCUGGCGCAUUGUAGUCUCGACGCCAUUCGAAUAUUUUAUAAUGAUGCUAAUUGUGUUCAAUACUUUACUGCUUAUGAUGAAGUAUCAUAACCAAGGUGAAAUGUAUGAGAAAUCACUUAAAUAUAUCAACAUGGGAUUCACGGGGAUGUUCAGCGUUGAGACCGUACUGAAAAUCAUUGGAUUUGGCGUUAAGAACUUCUUCAAGGAUCCGUGGAAUAUUUUCGAUCUGAUCACCGUUGUGGGCAGUAUUGUCGAUGCGCUUUGGAUGGAGUUCGGGUCGAACUCAAUCAACGUUGGCUUCCUGCGUUUAUUUCGUGCGGCGCGUCUCAUAAAAUUACUCCGUCAAGGAUACACGAUACGAAUCCUGUUGUGGACAUUUGUACAAUCGUUCAAAGCACUUCCAUAUGUCUGUUUGUUAAUAGCCAUGCUCUUUUUUAUUUAUGCUAUUAUUGGAAUGCAGGUGUUUGGGAAUAUCAAACUAGAUACAAUGGAUAAUACCAUUACUAGGCACAACAACUUCCAAUCAUUUAUACAAGGCGUCAUGUUGCUAUUCAGAUGUGCAACUGGCGAGGCGUGGCCGAACAUUAUGCUGGCGUGCCUUAAGGGGAGGCCAUGCGAUGAAGAGGCCGACAAAGGCAACGAAACAUGCGGGUCAACGCUGGCAUAUGCAUAUUUUGUAUCAUUUAUAUUCUUUUGCUCAUUCCUCAUGUUGAAUUUAUUCGUUGCCGUUAUUAUGGAUAAUUUUGAUUAUCUUACAAGAGACUCCAGUAUAUUGGGUGCCCAUCAUUUGGACGAGUUCGUUCGUAUAUGGGCUGAAUAUGAUCCAAAUGCGACUGGUAGAAUACAUCAUACGGAAAUGUAUGAUAUGUUAAAAAAUAUGGAUCCUCCGUUGGGGUUCGGUAACAAAUGUCCCAAUCGCCUCGCCUAUAAGAAACUAAUACGUAUGAAUAUGCCGUUAGAUGACGAAAUGAGAGUACAAUUUACAACGACGCUUUUUGCGUUGAUACGCGAAAAUUUGAGCAUUAAGAUGCGAUCUGCGGAGGAAAUGGAUCAAGCGGAUAUGGAACUUAGGGAAACCAUAACGAAUAUUUGGCCUUUGCAAGCGAAGAAAAUGUUAGAUUUGCUUGUACCACCCAUAGACCAACUGAAUAAAGGAAAGUUGUCAGUUGGCAAAGUGUACGCCGGUCAAUUGAUAUUGGAGUCGUGGCGUACGACGCGGUUCGGACAAAUCGAUUCUGGCAUGCCGCGGAAAAAGCGCCACACUGAUGACGAAGAACGCUUACCAAGUCCAACAGCCGACGAUCAGCCGAUGCUGGAGCUGCAGGAUGCUUCGAGACAUCCCUCGCAGGAAUCCUUAACCGGUGCCGAUGCUGGUCAUUUACAUCCUGGUCACGCGUAUCACAAUGGUCAUCAUCGUCGUUCGCCAAGUUUAAGACAUAACGGAUCUCCAUUGGCCAGAUCUCCAAGUCCUAGACGGCGAGGCCAUCAAUACAUACAUCAUGAUAUUGGGUUCUCCGAUACCGUAUCUAAUGUUGUAGAGAUGGUCAAGGAGACCCGUCAUCCUAGGCAUGGAUAUGGACAUCCGCGUUAUCCAAGAGGUUCAUGGUCAGCAUCGACAAGUCCGGCCCGUUCGCCCUCGCCUUCUCGUUAUGGUGGCCAUUAUUCGCGCAGUAGGCGUACAGAACUGCCUUUUCCCACAUAUGGGACAACAAGUCUAUGUCAAAGAUCACGUUCGCCGAGUCCCGCUCGACUUCAGGAGAUGCGUGAACGAGAUAGACUUGGUUAUGGGAUUGAUAUGGGUGGUACUCAUGUUCAGUACAGUUACCCAACGCUGGCAUCGCGACGUGCUGGCAUGGGUCGACGUCUACCACCGACACCAAGCAAACCAUCAACACUACAGCUGAAGCCAACCAAUAUUAAUUUUCCAAAACUUAACGCAAGUCCAACACAUACACAUCACUCGACACCCCAUAGUGUUCAUUCUUUGCCACACCACCGUGAUCUGCUUCGGGAUCGUGCGAUGUACCGCGACCUGUAUAGCAGUAGAGAACGCGAUCGUGAUCGAGAGCGAUAUCGAGAUCACCUUCGCGACUACGAUAUGCGGUAUGAGUAUCGGGAUCAUGAACGUGAACUCUAUGAGAGAGAGCGUGAUCGUCAAAGGGAUUUCGAAAGAGAAAGACUGGAAUAUAUAGCGCCGCUGUCGUUUGAACAAGCGCUCGCUAUGGGCAGAACGGGUCGUGUACUGCCGUCACCCGUUCUAAAUGGCUAUAAGCCAAAAGGUGGCUUACACGCACGACAUUCGGAUUCGGACGAGGAGGACUGGUGCUAGCAAAGGCUUUGAUUGCGAUUGCGUAAUCGAAGGGAACAGAUCUGGGUAUAGCAUCAAGCCAUAUUUCCAUCACUUUCUGCACCGGAUUUAGACCAUAAUUUUGAUACAAUACCGUUGCAACACUUCACAGCUGCAUCCGAUACCGAUAUAUUAGAAACCACAUUCAUAAAUACUGCCACAGCUGCUGUUGUUAAUUUUAACGAUGACACCGAACCGGAUGCCGCUACACUUUUACGAAUGGGUGCCAGAGCCGCAACAGAACCCACAAUUUGUGGCUUAGAUGUGGAUCAGGCCGAGCACAGACGUCUAAGUUCGGCCUACAGACAGUUUUCUUUGGUUCUGCCACAUUCAGAAACGGCACCAGAAUGUGAUAUAGCUACGACGCGAAUAUAUUCUGAUCACGAGCUUUUCCAACCAAAUCAACAGCAUACACAGUAUGCAGUCAGUGAACCACACACGCCGUUAACCAGGUACUUGCAACAGCAGCCCGACGACGACAGCAACAACACAACCCGAACAACAUGUGUAUCAUACGUUGUAGAAGCCGACAAAUACAUAUACACACAUACAAGUAUAUAAGUAAAAUAUUCAGCUAAAGCCAGUACGGUAAUAUAGACAUUAAAAUAGAUUGUGACUACAAUAGCAGUUAGCUGAUGAAUUAUAUAAUUGCAUACAGACAAGUGUACAGAGUACAUAACACAUUACACAUUACCAUACACACACACACAUACCAAAUAUUCAGAUAUUUAAAUCUCCAAAAAGCCGAUUCUCUCAAGUUAGGCGUACAUAAAUAUCAUUUGAAAAUAUUAAUUUCCUCUAUUUCAUAGCAAAAUAUUUCAGCAUAUGCAUAAACAUAAUUUAUACGCUAAUGUAUAUAUAUGUAUAGUUAUGUCUGCAUGUAUAAAUAAAUAUGCAUAUUUGGAUGCAUAGGUACUGCCUUGUUUCUGUUGAAGUUUGGUCCAAAGCAUUACUGCAACUACUGCACACAAAUGCAUGCAUACACAUACAUAGGUAUAUACUAGGAAAUUGUUAUUCUACAUACAUACAUACACAUUUGUUUGAAAAUUUGUUAAGAGACUUUUAACUAUGCAUUAAACUCCGUUGGUAGCUUUAAAUAACAAAUGUGGACAUAGUACAUUAUCAUACAUACAAAUAUACAAUCAAGCAUUUAUCCAUACACAUUUGCAUACACAUUGAAGUAAGACAAAAAAAGACUUCUUUCGUCGUUUACAUAUAUUUUAGUGUUAAUUAUAAAAUGGAUUAGCUUGAAGCGAAAUGAUUUUAUUCAAUAGAUUUAGCGAAAAUAGUAAUAAAUAUAAAUACAAAUACAACUAAAACACACAUACACAGCUAAACACACAACACAUAAACUCCAAAUUUAUGAAAUGGCAAAGGGAAAUGGGGCCAAAAGCGUAAAAAAUAGUCUAAUUUGCCUAAAACUCCUUGAGGAUUUGUAUAGCGAAUGGGGGAAUCGUAGCGAAUAGCAAAUUGAUUAAUGUAUAGUUAUGAUUUGAACAUUUGGAGCUACUAUAUUCACACAUACAUACUUGUACCCAUAAUAAUAUACACAUAUAUACCGUAGAUAGCCAAAAUCACCAUAGCAUAAAGUGAACUUGUAGAAAUGCAAUAUAUUGUAAUUUUAACACACAUUCUAAAAAGAGUAAAUACAUAAAGCAUACUUACAUAUACUUAUACCAUACAUACAUACACUUAUGUAACCAUGCACGAAGCAAAUAAAAAUUAUGAAAAAUAUUAAUAGAUUUUUACACUGAAGCCAAGCAAAGUUUAGAGUAGCAAGUUUUUAAAAUGCAUUUAAUAAGAAAAAAUGCAAAACUUGAAGUCUGAAUACAGAAAAGCAGGCAAAUUAUAGACACACACAUACAUUACGGAAAAUAUACCACUCACGAACACGGCUACAUAACAUGACACCAAUGCAUUUUCUCCACAUGACACUAGAUUAUGACCAGAACAAAGGCACACAAGCACUCUGUUACUAACAUUGAUAACAAAUGGUCGAAACUGCGCUUGGAGUCUCGUGAAGUGACUAGCCACACAUACCAGGGUGACAUGAUCAAAGCAUUUUCGAACUAAGAAACGAUUACGUGCACACUGUGAUAAGAAUACACAUAUAUGUAUGUAUGUAUAUAAUAUUGCCUUUGGGUACAUUAUAACUGUGGGAAGAAUGUUUUUAUGGUGGAUUUUGAACUAAAGAUCUCAUAAAUAUCCAACCAAGGCGACGUAAUCAGGCAUUUGAGGAGCCACGAAUGUAGCAACCGCAUACUGGCCAACAAUGGAUCUAGUACUACCACGAGUUCAUGCCUUCACAAUCAACCAACAAGAUUUUAAUUAUUUUUCGAAUGCGUCAAUGGGUUUCAUUCGUUCAUAUAUUCGAAAUAAAUAAAUGAUUAAGGAUUGCGGUUCACAAUUUUUAAGCUUUAAUUGAGAAUGGUUGAAGCGUUGAUUUCUGGUUUUUUUUUAUGUCAAAAUGUAUUGUCGGAAAUUGAGAGAAAUCUGAGGCGCAAGUAACACUAAGGUGCCAGCACACUUCAAGUUAGCCGAGAACAAUUUUCAUAGUUUUGUAUGCCGCUAUACUCAGCGACAACUGAAAGGAUUAUAAUGAUAUACUUACUAUACAUACGGUAGAUGCUUUAUUGUUUUAAGUUAAAAUCUGCUGAUGUCAAUGAGAGCAUAAAUAAUCAUAUAAAGAUCAAAGAAAAACAUGUGUCAACCACAAUUCUUAAGCAUUCCAUUCAAGACUGAAUGUAGGCGAAGGCUAGAAGUCCAUUAUUUUCUCCACAAGUGUAGUCAGCAAAAUCGCUUGCACUGUCAACAUCCACACAUACACAUCUAUACGCCCGUCAACACUGUGCCGUUGCACGUGCACAUCUCAACACAAACAAACAUACCAUAUUUGUUUCGAAGUCUGCAAUAACACAUCAAACGAUACUGGUCGAAAGUAAAACUUAAUUUAAUAAAAUUCCAAAAUCUCGAACAUACGUAGUUAGUGUGGAAAUAUCUGAUUCAUAAUAUUUUGUAAAUAAUCGCGAAAUCGAAAAAUGUAAAAAUUUACCUAAAAAUAAGCUAAAUGUAUUAACAUAAUAGGCAUAUACAAAAAAAAUAUAUAUUUAAAUAAAAUUACAAAUUCAAAAUACGGUGGACGAAACAGCGCACAAAUAAAUUAUGAAUUCCCAAAGAGUAGAAACAGAUAAACAAAAAACAAACAAAGCCAUGUAUAACAUUAAACAUAAUAAAAAGGUGGCAGCAUCCAUCUGUACAGUAUUUUUAGUUCUCAUAUGAAUUGUAAAUUAAAAAUAUUCGCAAUAACUUUGGUUACUUUAAAUAAGAAUUGUUCAUGUAUUAUUUUAAUUAAGUCAAAUGUUGGAUAAAAUUGAAACAAUAGUAAAUCCGUAUAUUUUCGUUAUUUUUUAACAUUUGAUCCUUUAUGAUAUUAAAAAGGUAUGUUUCCAGCUUACAGUUUACCAUUUAACAACAUUUCGAGGAUUAGUAUGUUCCCCAAGUUCCAAAAAACAUUUUCUAAGGAUUUAGAAACACAUCAUUAUUGCGAUGAAUAUUGCUAAAUAAUUAUCCAAAAAUUUAUUCUUUCGUGACCAUAUAUAAUAUAUGUGUAUGAUAUAUGUAUAUAAAUAGAGUAGCGCUUUUAUCCUUUCAAAUGUUGUGGCGAGAGUGGCGAUGUGGUUUUAUAUUUAUACCCUGAACAGGGUAUAUUAAGUUUGUCACGAAGUUUGUAACACCCAGAAGGAAGCGUCGGAGACCCUAUAAAGUAUAUAUAUAAAUGAUUAGUAAGUUGAGCUGCGUCGAUUUAGCCAUGUCCGUCUGUCUGUCUGUCUGUCUGUCUGUGUGUAUAUAUACGAACUAGUCUCUCAGUUUUUAAGAUAUCGUUUUGAAAUUUUGCAAACGUCAUUUUCUCUUCAAGAAGCUGAUCAUUUGUCGGAACUACCGAUAUUGUAUCACUAUAGCAUAUAGCUGCCAUACAAACUGAAUGAUCGGAAUCAAGUUCUUGUAUUGAAAACUUUCACAUUUGACUACGUAUCUUCACGAAAUUUGGUGUCAGUUCUUGUUCAUAGAAAUAAUGUAAUAUUGGAAGAAAUUGUGCAGAUCAAAUCACUAUAAGAUAUAGCUGCCAUACAAACUGAAUGAUCGGAAUCAAAUGCUGGUAUGGAAAACUUUUGCAUUUGACAAGAUAUAUUCACGAAAUUUGGUAUAGAUUAUUUUCUAAGGCGCCAAUGUAAUCUCCGAAAAAAUUGUUCAGAUCGGGUAACUAUAGCAUAUAGCUUCCAUACAAACUGAGCACAUAGUUACCAAAAGAAAUGCACCUAUGAAGGGUAUAUUAGCUUCGGUGCAGCCGAAGUUAACGUUUUGUCUUGUUUUCUUGAAAAUUUCAUUAACAGAGGUGAUACCUAAGUACAAGUACAUAUGUACAAGUUGCGAACUGCUAAUAGAUUUAAAAAACUUUUGCUCGACAAUGCUAUGCUCGUACAUUUGGCAUUGCCUGUCGCGGAUAAUCGCGUUUGUUGUUGGUUGGAACAGGCAAACCCGGGUCUUGGGAGGUAUGAUCUUAAUUUAACAAAUUAACUUAUAAUUUAUGUUAAAAGAAACUGUCAAAAUAUAUAACUUCUCUAAACCUUUUGUAUCGAAUUUCCACUUACUCUAUUUGGGAAAAAAUUAUUCAUCAAAUCGUAUAAACUACUUUAAAGAUUUAAUGAAAUGCUUAACAAACAGUUUGCAACACUAAUUUGCAUUUCCAAAUAGUCUCUUUCCCCUUAGAUAAUUCCAGGGAACUUUAUUCUUCGAGCAAUUGUUGUUAUAUCAUUACUAUUCACACGCAUUCAAAUGGAAGUAUUUCUGUAAAUUUUGUGGGCUUUAAGCAAUUUAAUAUCCACACUAAUUACCUGCGCUAGUUCUUUAGAAAAUCUUUGCUUAAAUUUUUUUUUAACUAUACUCUAAUUAAAGAUAAUUGUAAAAAAUUUUUUUACUUUUUUUAUAUUAUCUUUUUUAUUAUAUUCUAAUGUGAUUACCAAGUCCACAAAUGAUUACUUUUCACUAAGAGUACGACUCGUUGUUUUAUAAAUCAUCAAAGUAUCCAUCUCAAUCAGCUUUUAUUACAAAAAACUGUACUACAACAAAAAAUUAAAAAAAAACGCAUAACCGUAAUAAAGCCACACACAGUCAUAAUCUCAACCACACAAUGCAUACCUACACAAAAAAUAUUAACACAAUUACAAACAUACUAUAAAUAAUGCAAAUAUGAAACCAAAUCGAAGUAUCUUGAUCUGUUCCUUAGGUAAUACGAGAACGAUAGGUAAAUAUGCAAUACUGAAAAUAAUUCAUAGCUACAUUGUAAGGAAUAACAUAAAAGAAAACUAAUUCACUAGAUUAAUGAAAACAAAUAUUGCUAAAAAUAAACAUUUCGUAAAUAACGUUAGAUAUUGUACUUUAAAUAAUGGAAAAAUAAUAAAUAAAAAUUAUGUAAAUUUUUGAAUUAAUACUUUAUUCCUUGAGAAUAAAUUGCCUGCGUGUGAAAUUUAAACAUGAACGUGAAAUACUGAGCUAGUCGUAUAAAAUAUUUUAUAUGAAACCUAAAACUGAAUAAAAACCAAAAACAAAAAACAAAUAAAAAACAAAAAAAAGAACAACAAAACUUACCAAAAAAUAACAACUUGCCCUUACUUGUAUUAAAAUUAAAAACAAAAAACACGAAAAAGAGAAAAUAUAGUGCAGAUAAAAUAGAGUUUAAUAUUGAGCAAAAAGAAAAACCAAUAAAUUAUUAAUACAAAUUAGCGCGAUUAAGGCAUAAAUUGAACUUACCUAUAUAAGAGAAAAAUUUAAAAUAAAAAAUUCAAAUGGUAAAUAUUUAAUGAUUAAUACUGUAAUGUAUUUAUGGAUAUAAUAACAAUAUAACACCUGCCUUCAAUAAAUUUUAUUAUACUUUAUUAAAAAAAGCAAAGAAGAAUCAUGAUAUGAGCAAAUGAAAGUAAUCAUUACUUUUUAUUAUUAGGAAUUCAAAAAAAUGAAAAACCAAAAAAAAAAUAAAACAAAAAAUAAUAAUUAUAAGAACAUAAAAUAAUUAUAAAUUUACGUAAAACCAAGCCAACUUUUACAAUUGUAAAUUAAACGUAACUGAAAAUUAAAAUUUUAUUUUUAGAUAUUUAAAUUAUGACGUUGAAAUGGAAAAAUCAGCACUCAUUUCAUACUGAAAAAGCAAAAUCAAAUUGCAUAAAAUAAAACCAAACAAAAGCAAAUAGAAACAGAGAAACGUUACCAUUUGAAAUGUAAAAACUGCGCAGUGAACACAUACAGACACACUACAAAUUUAAAAGCAUAAAUCAUUCAUCAAACGCCUGUCAUCACAACCAAAGAUUACCGAAUUGUCCCUGAAAGCGUUUACAAAUCAUGUGAUUAUGUAUCAGUUGUUAAACUAUUCCUUUACCUUAGUUCAAGCAAUCUAUCAUUGUUUGGUAUGACACAGUUGUCAUAUAAUACUACUGUGAUCAAAUUGAAAGGUGAAUUUUGUCCAUUUCAUUUCCUUCAAAGUAAUCCUCUCCCGCUGCAAUCCACAUAUGCCAAUGAAUUUUCCAGUCAUCAUAGCACUUGGACAAAACCUUCGUCGUGAUGGCCAUCAUAGCCUUCUUCGAUUCAGCUUUUAUAUCCCUCAAUUGAGUCAAAACGGUCCACUCCGAGGACGAUCAUAUGAAUUUGCUGAAUAGCCAGAAGUUACACGAAGGUAAAUCAGGCAAAUGCGGUAUUAGUUGAAAAUGUGGCGAAGAAGUGCAUUAUCGCACUUCUUGGUUGUAAAAAUUCAGACAUAGUAAAAAUCGAAAAAUUCACUUUUAGACCCUCAAAAAACGACGCGUAUCUCAAAUACUAAUGCAUAUUUUGACGUGAAAUUUAGCAUAGAUGUCACUAACAGUACUACUAACUUAACUUUCAAUUUGAGCACAGUAGUAUAGAAAGAAUCAUUUUCAUAAUUCCCGCCCUUGUUUUUAUAAAAAUGUGCUUUAUGUAGUCUAGUAUUGUGAAUGUCUGCUUUAAAGAAUUCUUAGGAUUGCACUUGAAAACUUUCAAAGCGUUCAUUUCACUAUUUUGUCGUCAUCAGUUUGUUUGAUUUUACAGUUGUGUAAUCAAACUUUGAAGAAAUGUUAUCCGCAAUAAGGUUCCAUAUAUUCAAUAGAAUACAAAGAUGCCAAAAACAUGCGAGUAUUCGCUACAUAUUGUUGAUUGAAAAUUAUUUUGUGUGUUAAAAAUAUAAUAUAAUAUAAUAUAUUUAUGUAUUCUAUGAUCAACUACCACUCGAUCCUAUAAAUUUUUAAAAGCAUAUAUUUUAAUUCGGAGUUAAGAAUCGAUUUAAACUUCUGUACUUUUAUAACACUUGCAGAAACAAUUUUCGCUUUUGUAGUUCAAAGUUGACACAACGAUAAUACAAAUAAAUAGUUUCCGCCCGCCCUUAUGGCAUUUCAUCGAAAAAUUCUGGUAUUAAAUAAACAUUUUAACUUAAAACGAUUUGAAGAGAGUGCGGCAUGUUUUCGUAACCUAGGAUUAGCAGUCAGUUUCAAAAGUUUUAAAGAACACUUCCAAAAAACAUGCUAUUCUUCAUUUUUAGUUUUGAUGCGCUUUGAAAACGCAAUGAUUUGAUGUAGAGUUUUACCCUUAAUUGUUUAAAUUUACAAAAAGCUUUUUAAUCAUCAACCAGGUGACACAUUCCAAGUUUCCACAGCCCACAGAGGUUUGCGGUAUUCAUUUUCAGAUUAGUUCUAAGUCUCUUUAUUACUCAAAGUUAUGUUUCCACAGAUGGACAAAUAUAAUUAUAUAUGUAAUUUAAUUUUUUUCUUUUUUGUUGAGUUAUCAAUAUUAUCUUUUGGGUGUAGUAAUUAUUUUUAUUUCUAAGGCCCACAUCUACUUUUGACCCAAAAUUAUUGAUUAUAAAUUCCAGAAAUAUUCUGAAAUGAAAUACGCUCGCUCAAUCAUUGUAGCAUGUCAUAUUAUGAUACCCAGCAUUUUUUUUUGUAUUUUGAUUGAAAUAUUGUGUAUAUCAGUUUGUUUUUGGUUUCCCAGAGUUACCUCAUAUCUCCAUUAGAAGUUUAUUUCCCAAUUUAACAAUGUCCAUCCACUUUUUCGAUAUACUUUAAACCAAGAAUGAUAGAAAUAAAGACAACCACAGUUUCCUUCCGUAAAUACUAUGAAAGUGUGGCAAUUUGUUCUGUUAGAUUUCCGGAAUAUUGUCACUCUCAUACCUGAUAUAACCAAACGUUAAAAUAAAAUAAGCUCAUAAUAUUUAAGAUAAAAUAUAAUAUUCUCGUUAAAAUAUUUAUUUUUUUGCCGAAAAAAUAACGGUACUAUAUUUUUUAAUAUCAACAAACUCUAUUUGUAUAAAAAAUAAAGACGAUUCAAAUUUUUUCACUUUAAUGCGAUCCCGCAAUUUCUCGGUAUUUUUUGAUAUAACCACCAUGUGAAACAGCUUGCUCAGAAAUCGGAUAUUGCAACUAUCUUUGUUUUAAGAUGUGUAAAUGGUAACUAUAUAGAAAUGAGAAGAUCUUGUUAAACAUUGAAAUGAUAAUUUAAUGGAUAUAAAAUAGUACAUGCUUUGGGUUGAUAUUACUAGGCGCAAAAAAGCCAAAAUGAAAACAUUGUUUCUAAUCAUAUGACAUAGAACAAAAGCCACAAACGCUUUAUAGAAAACACAAAGUUUCAGUGAAAUAGUAAUUGCAUUUAAUAAAUUGGUUUACUUCAUCAAAAAUGAAUCUGAAUGGUUUGUAUCUUAUACUAAACGAAAAUCUUAUAGUUGCAAAAAUUCAUUCGGAUUUUUCAGCUUGUUGCAAUGCAAGUGAGCUUUAAAGCUGUUUCACACUUCAAUCCUAAUGACUAAUAUCUAUUUUAAGCGGAAUGUGAAUUAUUUAGUGUUCCUCUUGUAACUGCAAUUUCUAUGUAUAAAACAUCCCUACUAAGUACAAUGAGUUCAUAAGAAAUCCCGAUAUCGAAGCUGUUCCAGCAUGUUGGUGAACAAAAUGUUUUUUGUUUUUUUUUUCUUUUAACUCAAAAUUCCCUUCAUACACAUACAUAUUAAUAUAUAUACAUAUAAUAGAUGAAUACAUACCAUACCCUAAGGGCUUCAUUAUCUUACGCUUUUAUAUGCCAUUCACUUCGUAUAUAAGAAUCAGACAUUAAUAAAACUUAUAACAAUGAUACAUGCCUGUUUACAUAUACCAUACACAUAGGUAUAUACAUAAAUACCGAAAAUGCGCCAGUUAAGAAAAGCUUCAACUUAGUCGCUUUGUUUUAAAGAGUGAGUCAAAAGAUUUUACUUCGCAAAUUCAGUUUUUGAAAAAUAUCAAACCAUUUUCCUUUUCCUUUUCACGUAAUCGCAGUCAAAUAUUUAAUAAAUCCAAGUAUUUCAAAUGCAUUUUACCAGUUUUGUAAAUGGCCACUUAACCUUUGGGGUUUGUGAAGUGUUAUAAGCGAUUAUAGAAUACAUAAAGUGUAUAUACGAAAGUUCAUUGAAAAUUUAUUGAAGAAAUCGCAAUUUCAAGUAUAAAAAUUAGUUCACAACCGCAAGCCCCAAGGUUGAAGGUCAUGAGUGAAAAUGUGAGGGUUAACAACAAUGUUUAAAGGUGGUGUUAAAUACCACCACGAAUAGUACCAUUUUCUCAAAACGCUGCGUACAAGAAUAACUAUCCACAAAGGUAAAUAAAUUGUCCACAUGCAUACGAGUACUAAUCAUAGUAAUCAUUGAAAAUAAUAUUAUGAAUCCAGCAAAGCAUUGAUAAAAUGAAAUUUAUAAAAUAAAAUAAGAUUGAAGAAAUACAAAUUUAGUUAAUGUUGUUAUAAACAAUUAUAUUCUAAUUAUUAACAAAAAUAGAAAAAUCCAACCAAUUAAAA